GACCAAUCAGCGGCCACGAGGAAGCGCGGCCCAACGGACGCGGCUCGGCGCACCGCGACAGCGCGCGCGGGGGUCGUGAAGAGGCGGUGUGAAGAGGUGGGGGGACAUUUCGACGCCCAGUUGCCAUGGAGCCCGGUGCUCAGAGCUCGCUGCGGUACCGAGACAAGGUGGCGAUCAUCACAGGAGGCACCACUGGCAUCGGUCAGGGUACGGUCCGCGUGUUUGUUUCGCAAGGUGCCAAGGUUGUAUUCUGUGCAAAGGACGUCGGGGCAGGCAAUGAUUUGGAGGCCGAACUCAACAGUAUGGGCCCAGGCGAAGCCUUCUACGUGGCGUGUGACGUCACAAAAGAGGAGCAAAUAAAGAACCUCAUCGAUGUGACGGUUCAGAAAUACGGCCGCAUCGACUGCCUUGUGAACAACGCUGGCGUGCACCCACCUCCUCAGAAGACGGACGACGUCACAGCGGAGGAUUUUACUUCGCUUCUCAACUUGAACCUCGUCAGCUACUUCCUCGCUUCCAAGUACGCGCUGCCGCACCUGCGCAAGACGGAAGGGAACAUCGUCAACGUGGCGAGCCUGGUGGCCGUGAUCGGGCAGAACGACGCCGUGCCGUACGUCGCAACCAAGGGCGCGAUCACGGCCAUGACCAAGGCGAUGGCGGUGGACGAGAGUCGCUACAACGUGCGCGUCAACAGCAUUUCGCCAGGAAAUAUCUGGACCCCGAUGUGGCAGGAGUUCGCCAAUGGAACCGACAACCCAGAGGCGACCGUUAAAGGUGGAGAGAAUGCGCAGCUGCUGGGACGCAUGGGCACCACGGAGGAGAGUGGCAAGGUGGCGCUGUUCCUGGCGGCGGACGCCACCUUCUGCACGGGCAUCGACCUACUGCUGACGGCCGGCGCCGAGCUCAACUACGCGCGCAAGAACCAACGGGAGCCCCGCUCCAGUAACUACGACUGAUGGGUCUUCAAUUGUGGCGCCACGGUGGCUAGGAGAUGUUAACUACCUCGCCUGGUAUACAGGAGGUCGCGGGUUCCACCACCAUCAUCACCACGGUGGCUAGGAGAUGUUAACUACCUCGCCUGGUGUACAGGAGGUCGCGGGUUCCACCACCAUCAUCACCACGGUGGCUAGGAGAUGUUAACUUCCUCGUCUGGUGUACAGGAGGUCGCGGGUUCCACCACCAUCAUCACCACGGUGGCUAGGAUAUGUUAACUUCCUCGUCUGGUGUACAGAAGGUCGCGGGUUCCACCACCAUCAUCACCACGGUGGCUAGGAUAUGUUAACUUCCUCGCCUGGUAUACAGGAGGUCGUGGGUUUCGAUCCCGACCCUGACGCCUGCUGAAUAUUUGGAGUUUUCGUGUCUUUCUCUCUCACUCUCCCCGUGGUCGCAUGGAUGUUUCUCCGGGUCCUCCGGUUUUUCCCUCCACAUUUAGACUCGACGUCACCACGCGUUUAGAAUAUUUGGCUGCUGUAAAUUUCCACGUGAUGAUUGGCCACUUCGUUGAGCAAGAACUAUGUAGCUCAAUGUGGCCUUAGCUGGUAAAAUAAAAUAGUUUAGUUUAAAUUGGACUGGCCGAAUGGGAACCAGGAUAGCGACUCACCCUGUCGUCACCUCGGCUUGGCAAAAAUUGUCACGGUUUCGGGAUGAUGAUUUUAUUCAGUAACUCGAUUCUGCGCCCCGGUUCGAGCUGUCUUGAUUAUGUCACUGGUGUUGUUCUGUCUGAUUCGUCACACGAGCAACAUUUGCACGUGAUUUGCAUGAAUCGUAAAUGAUUGAUUCUCACUUGCUUGAGAUGGUGGAUGUAUUGUGAUCCUAAUAAUGCACACAUUUGAACACAAAAAAAAACAUUUCGUCUUAACCUAACUGUUGAACAUUCUAACGCAGGUAGCGUUUUCCUGCUGAGUUGGCACGGACAAUACAUUCGGCGAUGUUGGAGUCUGAUCUUUGUGCAGUGUUGUGGUGAGUCACGAGGGAGGCAUGUGUGGUGUGUGCACGUGACAAUGCAGAACUUUGUAACCACGAUUCACAAGGUUAAGCCACAAAGGCCUUGCACGCGCCAGUGCCAUUGGCAACGUUUUCCAUGUUUUGGAAAAUUUACCUCGAUUCUUCACUCUUAAUAAAAAAAAUUUACCCCGCUGCGUUUUUUGUCAAAGUAUU